AUGCUAUCGAGGAAUAGCCUUGUGGAUGUUUGUCAUGAGAAAACUGAGAAAAGAUCAUAUGAAGCUUUGCUCAGUCAGUGCAAGUCGAUCACAACAGGCAGGAAACUCCACCAAAGCCUUCUGGAGGCAGGAUAUCUUUCUCAAUCCGAUUCAUUCUUUGCCAACCUUCUCAUACGCAUGUACGGGAAGUGCAACAGCAUCAGCGAUGCUAAAAACGUCUUCGAUUCAAUCUCUAAGAGGAACGUUUUCUCCUGGACUAUCAUGCUUGCCGCAUAUGCCCAGAACGGGCAUAUCCGCGAGGCAAGAGAUAUCUUUGACAAAAUGCCCUCGACACUCAAGAAUGUUGUUUCAUGGAACUCAAUGAUUUCUGCAUACUCUCAAGCUGGGAAUUCCAAAGAAGCCUUUUGCAUAUUCAAGCUCAUGGAUCAGGAAGGGAUUCGACCGAAUGAAAUUACUCUGAUUAGCAUUCUGGAUGGAUUCUCCAGUUGCAAUGCCUUAGAACAAGGCAAGAGUGUUCACAAGAGCAUUGAUUCCACUUUCAUUCUUUGUGACGUUCGAGUGGGAACUGCGCUGGUCGACAUGUAUGGAAAAUGUGGAGAUAUUGGAGAGGCCAAGGCUGUGUUUGAUGCGAUGCGGACAAAAAACGAGGUGACAUGGAAUGCCAUGAUGGCUGCAUAUGCCCAGAACGGGCAUUCCAAUUUGGCAAUCCGGCUGUUCCAGCUCAUGAGCGUCGAAGGUGUCAAGCCCGACGACGCUAACUUUGUGAGCGUGUUGGAAGCUUGUGGUGACGCUGGAGAUCUAACGGUUGGUCGACUGAUUCACAGUUUUGCUGCUCAAAGUGGAUACGAAUCAAACCUGAUGGUGGCAACUUCGCUGCUAAACAUGUACAGUAGAUCGAGAGAGUUUGAUCGGGCAAGAGAGAUUUUUGACAGUGCUGAAAGCAAAGACGUUGUUUUGUGGACUGCUCUACUAGUCGCAUAUGUCCAGAGCGGGCAUGGCAAGGAAGGGUUUCGAGUUUUCGUUUGCAUGGACCUGGAGGGAUUUACACUGGACGAGGCUUGUUUCAUCAGUGCUCUCGACGCUUGUGGGAGUGUCCUCGCUGUGGACGAAGGAAAACUCGUUCACGCGAGCUUGCUAAGUGACUAUAAAUAUUAUCUUAGCACCAAGAUCCAAAAUGCGCUGGUUCACAUGUAUGGACAGUGUGGUCAUCUCAGAGAAGCGAGAAAGAUCUUCGAGGACAUGAGAUCAAGGGAUAAAGUGUCGUGGAAUGGGAUUCUCACAGCCUAUGUCCGCCACGGGCAGAUCCACGACACUUUAGACUUGUUCUUGAGAAUGAACCUAGAGGGCAUACCACCCAAUGCAAUAACUUUCACAAACGUUCUCUCUGCUUGCAGCUAUGCAGAUCAUGCCUUUAAACGGGACCAUAUCUUUCUGGAAUAUCAACAUUAA